UCUCUCCUAUUUAGUUUUACUGUCUUUCUGUCUCCGUAUUUCUCAUCCUGGCGUCACCUUCCUCUUUCUUUCUGCCCUCGACCUUCUCCUGUACUCUCAUUCACAAAUGCAAAAAGACACAGAAGUGCAGGUCCCCAGGCGGCUGGUCUUGCGUCACAGAGAGCUCAAACCGAGCCUGCAGUUUAGCCAGCUCAGCUCUACAUCGUGCAGACGAAGGAGGAGGAGGACAGGAGAGGCGGGGGCUUCAAAAUCAUCAGAUUUCUCAGAGUCUCUGUUUUCAUCAAGCUGUGACAGGGAUACAUGAUUUGGGUUUUCUUCCAGGGUCUAACCAGGCAGCUAUGAUGGGUGGAAAGCCAGUCAGGCAGUGGAGGUCCAUCUGUAAGGGACUGAUCCUGGGCGCUCUCCUGACCAUCUGCAUGAUUCUUUUGUACUGCCUGUCAGCCUCAGAGGUCCAGUUUGGCCUGCAGGAGGUCCCAGUGCCUUACUCAUGUGCUCAUCGCCCCUCUGCUGCCCACUCCUCAACAAUCUCUAACAGCUCCCAUAAUGCCUCUGGGCAGCGAAUCUGCACUCCAAAAGUGGACAUCAUGUUCAUGAAAACCCAUAAAACAGCUAGUAGUACUUUCCUCAACAUUCUCUUUCGCUUUGGUGAAAAACACCACCUCAAAUUUGCCUUCCCCAACAGCCGCAAUGACUUCUUUUACCCGUCCCCUUUUCAUCGCUCACAAGUGAAGGACUACAGGCCCGGAAUGUGUUUCAACAUCAUCUGUAAUCACAUGCGUUUCAAUGCUGCUGAGGUGGCCAAAGUGCUUCCAGCCGACACCUCGUACAUCACAAUCCUCCGGGAUCCGGCAGAUCUCGCAGAGUCCUCGUUUCAUUAUUUUGGACGCAUUGUGCCUCUCACUUGGAGGCUUUCUGGAGAUGAUAAGAUGAGAGAAUUCCUGACGGAUCCAAAGCUUUACUACGACCCAGAGGGAUUCAAUUCGUUCUAUCUCAAAAACUUGCUUUUCUUUGACUUUGGACAGGAUAGUAACUUAAAUCUAGAUGACCCAAAGGUGGACGAGGCCAUUGAAGCAAUCUCCAAGCAUUUCCAUUUGGUAAUGCUAGUGGAGUAUUUCGAAGAGUCGCUCAUCUUGCUCAAGGAUGCGCUCUGCUGGGACAUGGAGGACUUGCUCUUCUUCAAACUCAAUGCCCGGAAAGGUUCAACUGUUUCUAAACUGACUCCAGAGCUCAGGGCCAAAGCACUGGAGUGGAACGCCAUCGAUUGGAAGCUUUACCAGUAUUUCAACACCACCUUCUGGCAUAAAGUGGAUGCUUACGGCCAUGAGCGCAUGGCGAGAGAUAUAGCAGAGCUGCAGCGCAGAAAUGCAGAAAUGGCUUCCAUUUGCAUUGAAGGAGGCCAUGCUGUUGAUGCAGGAAGCAUCUCAGAGACUUCCAUGCAGCCAUGGCAACCCAUCGGUGAGAAGUCGAUUAUGGGAUACAAUCUGAAAAAGAAUGUUGACAAAGCACACCAGAAACUCUGCAGGAAGAUGCUCACGCCAGAGCUGCAGUAUCUCACCGAUAUGGGUGUCAACCUGUGGAUAACAAGACUGUGGGGUCACAUCAGAGAGAUCCUUCACUGGUAGCUCAGAAGAAAUGUUUUGCUAAGGUGAAAGGUCAGCACUGACUUUAUGGAAGCUUUUUUCCGCCUCAUAACAAAAUAUUAAAAUGCAAUUGUGACUUUUAUCUCACAACUCUACCUUUUUAUGUCUCACAAAUCAGACAUUUUUCUCGGAUUGUUUUGUUCCUCAAUUCAGACUCUUUCACAAUUCAGAUUUGCAAAUUCAUAUAUCACAAUUCAGUGUAUA